CUGGUGCACGAGGACAGACUUUGGGGGAGUCAGCAGCCGCGACUGUGUGAAGGUACGACCUGCCAGCCGGAGGGGAGGAGGCAACACCCGCUUGAUCGCCAUGACGACCGAGGUAGGCACCGAAGCCGAGCCCAAGCAGGAGAGCCAGGGGCCCGCAGCGACACAGCCAGGGCCAACCCAGAGCACCCAGACGGCCUCUCAGUCUAACGGGGAGCAGUUCCCAGCCGCAGCCGGGCACAGCACACCCGCCAGGAAGGACCAGAACGGAGAGAGGCUUCUGGAAGGCACCCCCCCAGGGCGACACGACUACUUACAGUUUGAGGACGACAAAGCGUCUCAGAGGUCCUCGUCCAGCAAGCUCUCCAGAUCCCCAGGGAAAAGCUCCAAGAGGCCGAAGAACAUGCAGUGUAAGGUCACGCUCCUCGACGGGUCCGACUACACCUGCGUGGUGGAGAAGCGGGCAAAAGGCCAGGUGCUCUUCGACAAGGUCUGCGAACAUCUGAACCUUCUAGAACGGGAUUACUUCGGCAUCACAUUCCGAGACAGUGAAAACCAGAAGAAUUGGUUGGAUCCAGCUAAGGAAAUGAAGAAACAGAUAAGGAAUGGACCCUGGAAUUUUUCAUUCAAUGUCAAGUUUUACCCACCUGAACCCGCUCAGCUGUCAGAGGACAUCACAAGGUACUACCUCUGCCUCCAGCUGAGGGACGACAUCGUGUCGGGCCGCCUGCCCUGCUCGUUCGCCACGCACACCGUCCUGGGCUCCUACACGGUGCAGUCCGAGCUGGGUGAUUACGACCUGGACGAGUACGGCAGUGACUACGUCAGCGAGUUUCACUUUGCCCCAAACCAGACCAGGGAGCUGGAGGAGAAAAUUAUAGACCUGCACAAGACCUACAAGGGUAUGACUCCAGCUGAGGCUGAGAUGCAGUUCCUGGAGAAUGUCAAGAAGCUGUCCAUGUAUGGAGUGGACCUCCACCAUGCCAAGGACUCCGAGGGUGUGGACAUCAUGCUGGGCGUGUGUGCCAGCGGCCUGCUCAUCUACCGUGACAGGCUGCGCAUCAACCGCUUCGCCUGGCCCAAGGUGCUCAAGAUCUCCUACAAGAGGAACAACUUCUACAUCAAAAUCCGCCCCGGAGAGUUCGAGCAGUUUGAGAGCACGAUCGGAUUCAAGCUGUUGAACCACCGUGCGGCGAAGCGGCUGUGGAAGGUCUGCGUGGAGCACCACACCUUUUUCAGGUUGGUGUCUCCAGAACCCCCUCCCAAAAAGUUUCUCACGCUGGGCUCCAAGUUCCGCUACAGUGGUCGCACCCAGGCCCAGACCCGGCGGGCCAGCUCUCAGAUUGUUCGGCCUGCUCCUUACUUCGAACGCUCCUCCAGCAAACGCUACACCAUGUCACGCAGCCUGGACGGGGCUCAGCGGAAUAAUCCAAACAAUGCGCGGACAGUUUUUCCCGGAAAUAAACUGCCAUUCCGAGUAAAUGACAAUGGUCUAACAGCCCCCGUGUGUGAGAGCAAUGAAAUCCUAAUGAAGGAACCAAAGAUCACCCCGAAGCCAAGCCCCGCCCCCCGCACACCCGCUAAGGCGACACCCACCGUCGUGGCCACUGUGACGCCGGAGAAGGUGGUGAAGGAGGAGAUGAUUGAGGAAGAGGAGAAGACUGUGACCACGGAAGCGUCGGAGCCAAUCCCACUCACACCAGUCCAUCUAGAGGCAAAGAACAACAGUGAGUGGACGGACACCAUCGUGGAUGGCGAGACGGCCACGGAGUCAGACCAAGAGGAUUUAUCAGAAUUGAAGACUCAGGAAACAGACAGGACCCCGGAGGAAGAGGCGAAACAACAGACCAACAUUCGAGAGCUGAGGCGUACAUUUCUGGAGACAGGCGUAGACACCAGCAUUCUGACAGAGUGGGAGAAGAGGCUGGCCACAUCCCCAGUGCGGUCCCCGAGGGCAGAGGAGGCACCCAUGAUCGAGCCGCUCACGCCCGACGACGUCAAAGAGGAGACCAGGGAGAUGGAAGCCAGUGGUGUAGAUGUGAAGCUGGACCUUUUUGACACCACUGUCUCCACGGAGUUUGAUGGGUGGGUUAUUGUAAACAACGUGGCUAAAGUAGCAGAGCAGAAAAGUACAAUGACCUGUAAAGUUACAACUGUAAGCAGCACUGAAGGAGCUGAAGGAGUUCACAAGGGUGAUGAUGUCAGAGAGUCUGAGGACAUUCCCCGGAAAGAAGAAAAAAAGCCUAAAACCUCCUCUUCAGCAAAGACCUAUAGCAAGGUAUCGGAGAAAGUGGUUACCAUCACAGCGCUCUCAAGCAAUGGCGGGCCAGCCACUCCAACCAGCGAGAGGCUCUCCCCUCAGGUCAAGAUAAUCCCAGUGUCACCCAAUUAUGGGACCCCAGGACCGGUUCCAACAGAAGAAAAAGAUGUGCUGAUCACCGUUAAGGGAGCCGAGACUCCCUCGCCCACCAAGGCUACCGUGGGGACCGUGAGGACUAUGGUAGCUGUCAGCCCAUCCGAGGAGAUGGGGGAGGCGAAAAGGCCCGAGGUCAAGCUGCAGGUGGAUGUGGCACAGAAAGAAAAGGCUCGAGGCUCUUCUCUGGUUGAGCUGGAGUUGCCCAUUCCCGCUCCACGCUACUUUACCAAAACCUCACCUACGGCUAGAGCAGUGCCUAAGCCGACGUUUGACGAGAUGUCGCCAGAGCUCACGGCUCUGCUGCGGUCUGCACGGGAACAAGCCGGCACCAUGGAGUGGGCUGCCCCUACCUCGCCCGGUCAGACCAUUCUCAAGGACACAAUUGUCGUGACAUCAGUGCACUCUCAGCGGUCGCAUCAGGAGCAGACAACGACGACAGCUGUGACACAGUCCCCGGCAACAGAGACAGGAUCUCCGAGCUUUGGCGGUGUAGAACAUCAACCCAAGAAGGAGUUGGAGACCAUGGAUACACAGGAGGUCUGCACAGAGAGCAGAACGAAGAUUACUCACGGGACAUCACAGGACGAGGCGGCCAGCGGAGGUACCAGCGCGGAGGUCCUGACAAGCGGCCAGACCAUCACAUCGGAAACAGGAAGCACGACCACCACCACGCAUAUUAUGAAGACCGUAAAGGGAGGCAUCUCCGAAACAAGGAUCGAGAAGAGAAUCGUGAUAACAGGCGAUGCGGACAUUGACCACGACGAGGCUCUGGCUCAGGCCAUUAAGGAAGCCAAGGAGCAGCACCCUGACAUGUCGGUGACCAAAGUAGUGGUGCAUAAAGAGACGGAGAUCUCGCCUGAGGAAGGAGACGAGUGACACCUGGCUUAAACCCUCACCCUUCAGAGGACACUUUUUUGCUUCAUGCUGUAUGGAAUAUGACACCCUUUGGGGCAUAAAGUUUGGCUUCCAGCAGUUCCAUAAAAUAAAUUCAUACUUCACAGCACCGGAGCACUGCGAACCUAAUCACCCAUUCACACACAAAGCAGCAUCUGGUGUAGCUCCCGGUUAGUGUAAUCUGUCCAUGGACAAUGUGUGUUGCAUGAAAAGGGAUCCGUUUAGCCUAUGUGUCCUUGCCCCCACCCCAUAAAAAAAUAAAGUUAUUAAAAGUCCCCAUUAAGUACAAA